AUGGAAAACCUAAUGGAUGUCUGGGCCUUGACAGAAUGGGAUAAGCCUCUCCAGAAGAUCCGCCAGCCCAUUCCAACACCACAGGGAACAGAUGUUCUAAUUAAAGUCACCCACGCUGGCGUUUGCCAUUCAGACCUGCAUACGGCCGAGGGUUUCUAUGAUAUUGGAGGAGGACAGCGGUUUUACGUCAAAGACCGCGGCAUUCAAUUACCUAUCGCCUUGGGACACGAAAUACUCGGAGAAGUCGCUGCUGUUGGGCCCGGUGCAGGGUCCAUCCCGGUAGGGUCGCGUCAGAUCGUGUACCCGUGGCUUGGUUGUGGUUCAUGUACACGCUGCAGCCAGGAAGAAGACAACUUGUGCGCCGGGCAGAAAGGACUUGGAACACUCCGAAAUGGCGGCUUCGGCGAGUAUGUCGUGGUACCACAUCCAAAGUACCUUGUCGACCUAGGCAACCUUGAUCCUGCGGUGGCAUGUACAUUUGGCUGUUCUGGAAUCACAACUCUCAGUGCAGUCAGUAAGGUUAUGCCCCUGCCGUCGGAUGAGCCGGUCCUCCUCAUCGGCGCGGGAGGUCUAGGCCUCGCUGCGAUCUCAGUGCUGAAAUCGUGGGGGCACAAGUUCAUUGUCACUGCAGACAUAAACGACGAGAAGCUAGCUGCUGCUUCUGCUGCUGGUGCAACAAGGACCGUCAACACCUCUGGCCCUUCAGCAUCCAAGGACAUUCUUGCGGCAACAAACGGGCCAGUCAUUGCCGUGAUUGACUUUGUGAACAGUUCAAGCACUGCCAGCCUAGUGAAUAGUCUAGUUGCUAAGGGAGCCAAGUGGGUGCAGGUUGGAGUCAUGGGAGGCUCAAUUGAGAUGUCACUUGUGGGGAACAUUUUCAAAGGCCUAACCAUUUAUUCAAACAUUACCGGGAAUUUGGACGAGUUUCGAAGACUUGUACAAAUGGCAAAGGAAGGAAAGUUAAGCCCGGUACCGAUCCAAGAGAUGGCGUGGGACUCGGUGAAUGAAGCAAUGGACCUGCUCAAGGCGGGGAGGGUUUCAGGGCGAAUUGUGCUUGUAAAGUAA